AUGCCUUCAAUAUCCAACCACUCCAUCCUCAUCAUCGGUGGCUCAUCUGGAAUCGGUUUCGCAGCUGCAAAACUCGCCCUCGAAGCCGGUGCACGUGUCGCAAUUGCAUCUUCCAACCCAACCCGGGUCACAUCUGCUGUCACAUCCCUCAAAACCUCAUUCCCAGAUUCGCAAAUCUCAGGCUACGAGUGCGAUCUCAGCCUCGAAGGCAUUGAAUCCCGCAUCGACAAACUCUUCAAUGCCGCGACAGCGAAAGGCACCACCCUUCUAAAUCAUGUAAUAUACACGGCAGGCAGAGUACCAGCAGUAAAACCGCUUGCAGAAACCGAAAUCGAAGAAACCAUCAAAAGCUCGCAGCUUGGUUUCGCAGCUGUUUUAGCUAUUGCUAAACUAGCUCCAAGAUAUAUAAAGGAAAGCUACACAUCGUCUAUAACCUUUACGGGUGGAAGGGUAGCAGAAAAACCCAUCCCGACCUAUACACUCUACUCUGGAAUGGCCGCGGGGUUGGUUGCAAUGGUGCGGAAUCUGGCGCUGGAUAUGGCACCCUUGAGAGUGAACUUGGUCAGUCCUGGAGCGACAAAGACGGAGAUGUGGGGGCCGCCAGAGAAACAGGAGAUGAUUGCGAAGAUGGUAGGGGCGAAGGCGCUACUGGGGAAGGUGGGGAUGCCAGAGGAGGUCGGCGAGGCGUAUAUCUAUUUGAUGCGGAAUUCGGAUGCAACAGGAAGUGUUGUGAGUAGUAAUGGGGGCGCCGUGUUACAGUAA